AUGGGCAAGAACAACAAGAAAAAGAGCUCCCUCCCUCCUCACGACCUAAUGACCUCUGGCUUCCCCCAGCACGCCUCGACCUCACAGUGCACGAUAAUCGACACCCAUACGCAUCUUCUCUCCACGUUCGCGUUGUAUCGCUCAAAGUACCCUGAAGGGCAGUAUGAGACAGCGUUUGACUUUGUCAAGGGCGUGUAUGCAGGUAAGGGGGUGGAGACGAUAGUCGAUGUGUGGUGCGAGCCGGAGGUUUUCAUGCGGGGGACGUGGAAGGAGUUGGCAGAUGGGAAAUGGGAAGGUAUUCAGUAUCGGUUCGUCAUCGGUGUUCACCCACACGAAGCGAAAUCGUAUACCCCUGCUGUGGAAUCUGAGAUUCUCACUGCGCUAGAGCAUUCGGCUUGUGUUGGUCUGGGUGAGAUUGGGUUGGAUUAUCAUUAUACGCUCUCGCCGCCGGAUGUCCAACAGCGGGUGUUCGCCCAGCAGCUACGGAUAGCCGUGGAUCGUGGUAUCCCGAUAACUGUGCAUACACGAGAAGCUGAAGAAGACACGGAGAGAAUUAUGAAGGAGAUCGUACCCAAGGACCACCGAGUCCACAUUCACUGCUUCACCGACACCGCCGCAUUCGGCCUGCGCCUCCUCGAGUACUUCCCGAACCUCCAUAUCGGCGUGACGGGCGUCGUCUGCUACGCAUCGAACCUCAACACCUCUGAUCUCCUCAAGCAGAUGGCAGCCUCGGGUAACAAGCGGAUACUGCUGGAAACCGACGCGCCGUAUAUGGUCCCGGCGAAUGUGUAUGGUGCGUUGGAGCCGAAGCAGUCGAGGUUGCCGUUUUCGCAUUCGUUGAUGAUUCCAUGGACGGCGGAGUUUGUGGCGGAGGUUAUGGGUGAGGGCUGGGAUGCGGAGAGGGUGUUGAAUGUGGCGAGGGAAGGCGCUAGGAGGGUCUAUGGGGUGUGA